GAGCUCCGAGGGCUCCUUUGCUCCGCGGAGGUCAGCGGGAGAGGGGAGUCACGAGCCCGGGAGCGCCCAGAGAAGAAGACCCCAGAGUCCGAAGGCAUCUGGAGAGGCCCGAGCCUUUGGCAGGAUGACUUUGGGAGUCUUCGCAAAUUGUACCUUCUGUUUGAAAGUCAAGCACUUACCUCUUCAACAGAAGAAAAAGCUACAAACUGACAUUAAGGAAAAUGGUGGAAAUGUUUCCUUUUUAUUAAAUCCUCAGUGUACACAUAUAAUCUUAGACAGUGCUGAUGUUCUGAGUCAGUACCAACUUAAGUCUAUCCAAAAGCACCAUAUCCACAUUGUAAACCUGGAUUUUGUAUGGGAAUCUAUCAAAGAAAGGAGACUCUUGGAUGUAAAGAAUUACAAUCCUAACAAGUCACUGGACAGCACACCACCUCCUUGUCAAGAGGCAAGCAGUUCUGAUGUGAAGACAGAUAAGCUUUGCCUGGAUAAUGCCACAGAGACAGAGAGCAUCGUGAAACUUACUAAGUUUUAUAUUGAGAAUGUUGAAAUUCCUCAUUUUCCUCAAGAUUUUGAAGUUGCGAAGUAUGACAUCUUGGAAAAAGUGGGGCCCCAGGGAGGUCAGGAAACUGCCGUGGUGGAGUUGCAGUGCUCCCAAGACCCAGGGGACCCUGCCUUCCUCAUAGCUGCACACUUCCUCCUGGCCGGUGGCACUGAGCCUAGAAAUCAGUUCUCUGUAAAGUACAGCUCUGCGGAUGCAAGUGAGUACUACGAAAAUUACAUUGAAGAGCUGAAGAAACAAGGAUUUCUACUAAGAGAAUCUUUUACCCCUGAAGCCACCCAAUUAGCAUCUGAAAAAUUGCAAGCAUUGCUACUGGAGGAGGUAAUACAUUCAAGUACUCUGAGCCAAGAAGUGAGCGAUCUACUGGAGAUGAUUUGGACAGAGGCGCUGGGCCACCUGGAGGACACACUCCUUGAGUCCAUGAGCAGGAUCAGUCUUAAUGAUGUGAGCAAGGCAGAGGGAAUUCUCCUUCUAGUAAAGCAAGCACUGAAAAAUGGAGAGACAGAAGAGCAAUUGCAAAAGAUGAUGAGUGAGUUCUACAGACUAAUACCUCACAGAGGUUCAACAACAGAAAAGGUUAACCUGAGACUAUUAGCCAAGAAAGAGGACCUCUGCCAGCUAAUAAGAGACAUGGUUAAUGUCUGUGAAACUAAUCUUUCCAAACCUAACCCACCAUCUCUUGCCAAAUACCGAGCUUUGCGAUGCAAGAUUGAGCAUGUAGGACAGAACACAGAGGAGUUUUUAAGACUUAGAGAAGAGGUGUUGCAAAAUAAUCACAGUAAAACACCAGUGGACAUCCUGCAGAUAUUUAGAGUUGGAAGAGUGAAUGAAAGCACAGAGUUUCUGAGCCAGCUGGGCACUGUGAAGCCCUUGCUGCACGGCUCUCCUGUGCGGAGCUUUGUGGGAAUCCUGUCCCGGGGGUUGCUUUUGCCCAAAGUAGUUGAAGAUCAUGGAGUAAAAAGAACAGACAUUGGAAAUCUUGGGAGUGGAAUAUAUUUCAGCGAUUCAAUCAGUACAAGUAUUAAGUACUCGCUCCCAGGAGAGACAGAUGGCACAAGACUCUUGGUCGUCUGUGAUGUUGCCCUCGGGAAGUGCAUGGACUUACAUAAGAAAGACUUUUCCUUAACAGAAGCACCACCAGGUCAUGACAGUGUCCAUGGGGUCCGUAAAACAGCCACCAACAGCACGGACUUUGAGGAUGAUGAAUUUGUUGUAUAUAAAACCAGUCAAGUUAAAAUGAAAUAUAUUAUUAAAUUUUGUAUACCUGGAGAUGAAGUAAAGGACUUUCAUCCUUGUAACAAUACUGAAUUAGAGGAACACACACCUGAGAUUUCAAAUUUUUCAAAGGUUGAAGAUUACCAGUUACCAGACACUGAACCUUUUAGCAGCAUCAAGGCUGGUCUCCAGGACACCUGUGGAAAUUCAGUUCCGCUUGAGGACCUGCAUGUCAAGGGGAAAAUAAUAGACUUUGUAGCCCAGGUUACUGUUUUUCAGACAUACACAAAUCAGAGUAAUGUACCCAUUGAGGCAAAAUAUAUUUUUCCUUUGGAUGAUAAGGCAGCUGUGUGUGGUUUUGAAGCAUUCAUCAAUGGGAAGCACAUAGUGGGAGAGAUCAAAGAGAAGGAUGCUGCCCAUCAAGAAUACCGAGAAGCCAUCAGUCAAGGCCAUGGUGCUUACCUGAUGGACCAGGAUGUACCCGAUGUUUUUACUGUAAGUGUUGGAAAUUUACCCCCCAAAGCUAAGGUUCUUAUCAAAAUUACCUACAUCACGGAACUCAGCAUCCAAGGCACCGUAGCCAUCUUCUUCAUGCCGGCCACCGUUGCACCCUGGCAACAGGACAAAGCUUUGAAUGAAAACAUCCAGGAUACAGUAGAGAAGAUUUGUAUAAAAGAAAUAGGAACAAAGCAAAGCUUCUCUCUCAGUAUGUCUAUUGAAAUGCCAUAUGUGAUUGAAUUCCUUUCUAGUGAUACACAUGAACUGAAAAAAAAGAGUACAGACUGCAAAGCUGUGAUUAGCACCAUGGACAGGAGCUCCUUAGACAGCAGUGGAUUUUCUCUCCGCAUUGGUUUGUCCGAUGCAUAUCUCCCAAGAAUGUGGGUUGAAAAACAUCCAGAAAAGGAAAGCGAGGCUUGUAUGCUCGUUUUCCAUCCAGACCUCAACAUCACCUUCCCUGAUGCAGCCGAGGAGAGUGAAAUGGUUAUAUGUCUCGACUGCUCCAAUUCCAUGGAGGGUGUGACAUUCUUUCAAGCCAAGCAAAUUGCCUUAUAUGCACUGUCCUUGGUGGGUAAGAAGCAGAAGAUAAACAUUGUCAAGUUUGGUUCAGGAUACAAGGAGUUAUUUCCAUUUCCUAAGUUCAUCACAAGCAGUGACAUGCCAGCUGAGUUCAUUAUGUCUGCCUUGCCUACCAUGGGAAACACCGACUUCUGGAAAACGCUUCGAUAUUUAAGUUUACUGCCCCCCUCUCAAGGGUUAAGGAACAUCCUUCUCAUAUCUGACGGCCACCUGCAGGAAGAGCGCCUGACUCUGCAGCUUGUGAAGAGGCAUGUGCAGCACACCCGGCUGUUCUCCUGCGGGGUUGGUUCAACAGCAAAUCGUCAUAUCUUAAGGAUUCUGUCCCAAUGUGGUGCUGGACUGUUUGAAUAUUUUAACUCAAAAUCCAAACAUAGUUGGAAAAAACAGAUAGAAGACCAGAUGACUCGGUCACAAUCCCCAAGCUGCCACACGGUCUCUGUGAAAUGGCAUCAGUUCAGUGCAGACACACCGGAGCCCCUUCAGGCCCCAGCGCACGUGCAGGCUUUGUUCCACAAUGACCGGCUCCUGGUCUACAGCUUUACUCCUCAUUGUACUCAGGCAACUCUGUGUGCAUUAAUUCAAGAAAAAGAAUUUUCUACGAUGGUAUCAACUACUGAACUUCAGAAGACAACCGGAACUAUGAUUCACAAGCUGACAGCACGAGCCCUGAUCAGAGAUUAUGAAGAUGGCAUUCUCCACGAAAAUGCAACCGAUCAUGAGAUGAAGAAGCAUAUCCUAAAAUCUCUGAUUAUUCGACUCAGUAAAGAAAACUCUCUCAUAACACAAUUUACAAGCUUUGUAGCUGUUGAGAAAAGGGAUGGUAAUGAGUCACCUUUUCCUAGUACUCCAAAUAUUUUGGAACUUAUUGCCAAAGAAGAUGUAGAUUUCCUGCCAUACAUGAACUGGCAGGAAGAGCACCCAGAUACCAGCAUACCCCAGGCUCUUUCAGCAUCUUCUGAAUGGCACGAAGAACUGCAACUUAAAUGUUCAACUAAAAAAAGACAUAAAUCAUCUAAGCUGGAAGGUUUUGAAGGUUUUGAAGAGUUCAGCUUAAGUUCCCACCUACCAGAAAAACCUUUAACACUCAAUUUGGAAUGUAGAGAUGUGGAAAUGCCAUUGGAUUUAAGUCAGAUAGAUUCAUUUAAGCACUCAGGAACUAAACCAUUAUUUACAAAAGUCAUUUCACCAAAAAUAGUUGUUUCUGACUCUUUUGCUGCCCCAUGUUCAACCAGUUUCCUAGCUGCUUCCCCUAUUGAGUCUUCUUCCCGCCGUCCUCUCAGCUCACUUCCUCUGAGCCCUCUUUUUGGUACUCUUGCUAGUCCCAAACCAUUUGGUCCAGCUAAGAAUGACGAUGGCCUUAAAACAGGCCAUUUUACUGGCAUUUCUUUCAAGGUGGAUUCUCCUCCCAGCCUACCUCCCCAGAAGGAGCCACCUUCUGGAUCUUUUACUGGUUCUGCUUUCUCAGGUCACCUGUUUAGCUGCAGUGAGUCUUAUGUACCUAAAAUGUCAGAAGAACCUCAGUUCUGUGCUGCUGACAGUUCCCUAGACUUGGACUUUCCUCUGCAGCAGAAUCUUUUGUUCUCUCCUCCUACACUCCCUCCCCCUGGUCCACCCAGAGGGUUUGACUUUCAGCUUCUUUCUGGUUCUUCUCUUCCGUUUCCAAAUUCCCCAGUUCCCCUGAGCACCAGUUACAAGCAGCCAAUACAUCAAACUGGCUUCAUUCUCCAUGAGCCGUCUCCAUCAUUUAAGGCUUUUCCAGCAUCUGGGGCUUCUUUAUCAAAUAUUUCUGUGAGAACUGCAUUAUCAGAUUCUCUCCCAGAUACGUGUUUGGCCGACUUAAGUUCUUCUAAAACAAAAAGUGAUGAAACACCAGGGUUUCUGGCAAGUAGGUUUACAAAAAAGGUAAAAAAAUCUUGUAUAGAAAGAAGCAGCUUUCUGAUGGUAAAUAGGGAGGAUGACACAGGCUGGAAAAAAAGCUGGAAGAAUUUUAUGGCUGAGUCUGAACUCUUCCGUCUGCAAACUGAGGAUGGCUUCUGGAAACUUACACCAGCACUGGGAUUUAUAUUAAAUCUUAAUACAACUAUUUUAAACAGUUUUCUUGAACAAAAAGGCAUUCGGUCUCUAGGCAUCAAAGGAAGAGAACAUCUUCUGGACCUGAUUGCCACUCUUCUUGUACUGCAGUUUCUUCGCACCAGGUUGGAACAAAUGGGAAUAGUCUUCAAAUCCCUAAUGAAAUUGGACGAUGCCUCCAUUUCCAGGAAUAUUCCCUGGGCUUUUGAGAAAAUAAAGAAAGCAAGCGAAUGGGUAAGAAGAACAGAAGGACAAUAUCCAUCUAUCUGCCAAAGGCUUGAAUUGGGUAAAGACUGGGACUGUGCCACUAAACAACUAUUGGGAAUCCAACCCAUGAAUACCACCUCUCCUCUUCACAGAGUUCUUAAUUAUGGUCAAGGCUAAAACAGAUGAAGCUGUGUUUUAAACUUUUUCAUGCUUCUACCUAUAAAAUAAAUAUUAAUAGAUACCUAUAAUGAAAUUUAAUUAUGGUUUUAUCAAAUAUAGCAAUGUCACUUCAAAAUAAAUGGAAGCAGAAUUGAUUUAAUGAACAAGCGUUAAUAAAGUAAAAAUUACAGUAGUACAGAUUUCUUGUAUUUACAUGUUUUAAGGUGGUAAGACACAUUUGGAUAGUCCUUGAAGCUUGUUGCUUGUCCCCUUUGAGGAGUCUGGACUGAGCAAGCUGGGAAGAAACAAGGAUCUUUGGCUGAUGUCCACAUUCCCAUUUCCAGGGUCCUGGAUAUCCAGACCUUGACUGUGGAUCCUCAAUACUCCUAUUUCUUAGACAAACUGUAUGUCCUGAGCAAUGCUUUCAUGGCUCUUGCUUUUGGUGUUGGAAUCUCAAAUCUUAUCACCAAACCAAGGUCAUCUAAAUUUUCACCUAUGUUCUGGAAGUUUUAUGGUUGUGAUUUUACAUUUAGGUCUAUGAUCCAUUUUCAUUUACUUUUUGUGAGAAGUGUAAGGUCCACUUUCCUGCACACUACCCCUCCUAGGCCAUUAACGUCUACCUUUACAUAAAAUUCCAGUUUCUUAAGGAUACAGUCUGGCUAUCUUCCUACCUACCAUUGCUGCCAUUCACCAACUGUCCAGCACUGCCCCUCAUUCACAUGGUUCAGGAUUUCCCUUCCUGCUGUUAGUCCUGCCUUCAUCUUCAUUGACUUCCAACAUCCUGAUGUGUGACCAACCCAUCCUUACUCCCUGGGCUUGAACUGCAGCUUGUGAUCCUGUUGGUACCCCAAAACAAGAGGCUUGUGAGGAAUUGCCAUGGGGCCUUCUCCCACCUGCCUUUGUGUCUCCCUGGAAGGCUAUUAUGAGAUGGUUUCUUGUCACCUCCUAGUUCUGAUAGGUAUGAAGCUUAGAAUACAACUGCAGACUAAAAAAAAAACAAAACCUAGCUAGAAUCAGUUCCUCAACAAUGUGUUCCACAACUCAUGUCCCAAUUAUCUAGCUCCUUUGGGAGUAUGGGACAAGGGGAGAUGGUAUCUUUUACUAUUCUUCCACUUGUUGUUUAUAUAAGUAAUAAAUCAUCCAAAUCUACAGUAGCUUGUUUAUCUUUACUGACAGAAUCAGUCCGGUCUUGGCCUUGGCUUUGGCCUUGCCUACUUGCCAUAAUCACAGAAGAUAAACAAUGUUUUCAUGGUUUAUUAGAUUAAGGGAUUUAAAAGAUUGAUAAGACCCAGUAACAGAAUAGGUGAGUACAGAUACUUCCUUACUGGAAACAUUAUACUAAAACAAAAUUUUGCAAUUCAAGUAUUUAUCAAAAUUUAAAUCACUACCCUCUUUUGACCUAUAAAUUUCACUGAAAGGAAUUCUACUUCCAGAAAUUCACCUUAAAGAAAUAUGGACACACACACAGAAAGACGUACCGUACACUAAAACUCAUUUUAAAAUUAUAUAAUUGGGUAUUUGUAUUACAUAAAAAUCUAUCAUGUCAUAUUCCAAAGUGGUUACCUUUGAGUAGACACUUUAUUUCUAUUUUAUAUAUUUUGGGUUAGUUGAGAAAUUUGUACAAUUACUUAAAUUUUUUAUUUCAAGAUUUAAAAUAUUUUGCCACAUUUUUAUGAAUUUAGAACAUUCUUCUCUUUCUUUUUCUGCUGUUGACUUGUUGAAGAAACAGGGUCAGUUGUAUGCCCUAUAGUAUGUCCCAAGUUCUGGACUUGUCCAUUUGUUUCCUUUUCUCUUUCCUCGUGUUUCUUAUCUGACUGGAAAUUAAGUCUAAAGUCCUAAGUAGAUUAAGGAUCAAUAUUUUUGUCCACAGAAGCCACGGAGUCUGGAUGUUGUUCUACUAUUAACAAUGCUCACAUUGAUAAAUGGGUUUCCAGUGAUGGUGUGUUUUCCCAAAAUCUGUGGAGAAAUACUUUGGCAUCCAGUUCCUAACCCAGCUUUCACCUAACAGUUUUGUCACCUGAAUCAUUUUCAUGAAAUAUUGUGAUUCUCUUUUCUAAACUUAUUAGCUGGAAUCCUUCGAAAAUAAUGAGCUUUUCCCCAUCAACUAAUGGUAUUUGGUUAUAUUUUUAAAAACUUAUUUUACAAAAUGUAUCUAAUUAUUACAAUUGUUGUAUCUUCCUUUUAUAGACUGAAUCCUUGGAAGGCAGACUCUGCUCAUUAUAUUCCUAAUGCCUAGUACUGUCCAUUUUGUAAGCUCAGCAAAUGACAAAAUAAUGCACCAACUCAAAGCUGAUUGUUUUUAGCUGCACCACCUCAAAGAUGUGUUGCUCAUGGAGUAUUCUUUAGUUAACCUCAUAGUUAAAUUUAAAAAGUUAAUCUUGUAGAUUAAGCAAACCGUUGGAAGAAACAAAAAUAAAAUGCUUGCUGUCAUAAAGACUUUAUUUGCAGUUCCAAGUGAGAAAAACAUUUACACUUAAGUGGACUUUUCCUAGCAACUUUGGGUUACUACAUUGUUUAUCAUUCACAAUCUGGAGAAGAUAAUUUUAACACAUCCUCUGAUAGUUUUUUAUUUUUCAAUUACAGUUUACAUUCAAUACUAUUUUGUAUUAGUUUCAGAUGUACAGUUUAGUGUGAUCAGAGAGAGGAUCACAUACUUUACAAAGUGGUCCCCGAAUACAUCUAGUACCCACCUUCUGACAGACCUAGGUAGGCCUAGCAGGAAUGGAAAAUCAGGCGGGAAAACUGUACUGUGGUUAACUGUACCCUGGGAAAACGCCUGCCGACCCUACCCAGGAGAGACAGAUGCCUGGCUACGAUUGGGGUCCGAGGUCGGCCUAUGCGGCAUAACAGGACGCACGCAGCUUUAACUUGAGCCUGACAACAUGUAUCAAGAACAAUGGUCAACAGAAAUGGCACCCAGCAACCAGCUCUAGCCAAUCAGACUCUGACAACCCAAUCAGUACCCCUCGUGGGUUUUUGCGGUUAAAACCCUGCCCUAAGCGCGUCCUAACCUCCCUUGGUUGGCUCCACUUUCCCUCUUAUUCCCCGCUAAUAAAUCCUGCUCCUUA